CUAGGGAAAGCAGUAAUACAGCCCAUUCCUCCAUAUUCGCCUGGCAAUGGCGGCGAUUAGGAAAGGAAGAGUGAGUCUACUCACUUUCUGUUUGGGUGCGUGCAUUUCACUGCUACCAUGUAUCAGCGUGCUGGGGAGGAUCUUCCAGAUAAUAUGGGACGACUUCUGGAUUCCACUACUGUUGGCCUACAUCGCUUGUUACAAUGGUGUCCUGUUCGUCCUGUAUAAUGUCCAGUGGAACCAGAAAGACGUUUACAAGGUGGCGGUGAGAUCGGGGUUCUUGGGAACAGUGUUUGGACUUGGGCUUCUUAUCAAUUUUUCUGGCUCAACAUGGAUUUAUUUUGGCUGGUACAUAAUUGCACUGAGCUUUUUCCACUUUUCUGAAUAUUAUACAACAGCUGUAACCAAUCCUCGCUCACUGACAUUAGACUCGUUCCUCCUGGAUCACAGUCGAGAAUACAAACUGGCAGCCAUGGCCAGCUGGUUAGAGUUUACUAUUGAGUGGUAUAUAGCUCCAGGAUUGAAGCAGUUCCACACAAUCAGCUUUGUGGGCCUGCUGAUUGUGGUUCUAGGGGAGAUAAUUCGAAAGUCCAGUAUGUUCACAGCCAGGACAAACUUUAACCACUACGUCCAAUACAUCAAACAAGAUGGCCACACACUGGUAACAUCUGGCAUCUACUCCUACUGCCGUCACCCUUCCUAUGUUGGUUGGUUCUACUGGAGUAUCGGCACACAGCUGAUCCUGUUCAAUCCAGUAUGUCUGGUGGGAUAUACCAUGGUCUCAUGGAAGUUCUUCAAGGAAAGGAUUUAUGAGGAGGAAAUUUAUUUGCUCAACUUUUUUGGAGAACAUUAUUUGGACUAUCAGAAGAAAGUUGGCACUGGUCUGCCCUUUAUUUCCGGGUACAGAGGAGAAAUGUAGGAACUGUGAUAGCUAGAAACUUAUAACCUGGAUACCAAACUAAUGCCUUUAAUUUCUCAGUUGAAUUCCAUUUAUAAAGUUAUUUAUAGAAACUCUUGAAGCUUUGAGAUUUAUACAGUAUUCUUCUACAGAACAUUAGCUUCGAUGCGUGCCAGCUUGCACAUACAUGUAAUUCAAAGGCAACAAAGAGUUUGUGUCAAUGCUAUACAUCUAAUUCAAAGCAAAUAUUUGGGGUCCAAAAAUGAUUGAAAAUAGAGUUUUUGUAAAUCCUCGAAAAUUUCUUUUCUGAAAUAUAAGUUCCACGAUUAGGCUUCAAACUUGAAAUAAUUCAUUCACAUUGAAUUUGAUUUACAAAAUCAAUGAUAACAGAUAUAUCUUUUGAUUUAAAGUGUUGAAUAAUAUUCUUGAACAGUGUUUUUUCUACCUGAAAUUUAAAGCAGCCUGUUCCUUAAUGAAUCCGGAAAAUAUCUUUAAAAAAUAUCAUUUUGGGAUACUAAAGCCAUUUUUUUGCAAUGGGAAGCAGUCUGUAUUUAGCUGUAAAAGCUGACAGGAAAUCAAUAAAUUUGAGAUAUAUGUACUUGAACUUACAAUUACUGGUACCAUUAUUCUCCUCAUGAAUUAAUAUUAAAAUAUAAAUCUUGUGACAUGUAUAAAAGAGGUUUGCAGUACAUCCAUACAAACCUCUUUCCUGGAACCUGGGAUAAUGGUAGCACUAACACUGUAUUAUUGAUAUAUCUUUAUUAAUGUUGUUGUAUGGUCUGAUUCAUUCUUACUCUGCUGGAAAGGUAGGAGUCAGCUAAUGGUGGUAGCAGGGGUGUACAAUCCCACUUGCUAAAAAUCUGGGGCUGGUAUAACAUAGGUAAGGCUAGCAGAGCUUUUCAAAUUUGCCUGUGGGUUAGAAGGUACUCUAUAUUUGAAAUUGAUCACCCUAGUGAUAUGGUAAUCCAUGGUCUAACUACUCUUUGUAAAUUUAUUGUAUAUAUUCCACAUCCACAUCAACUAUUACCUGUUUACCUGAUGCAAAUAAUUAAUGUACACCUGUAUUUCAUGUCAAUGUUAAUGCGAUUAGGCCGAAUAAAAAUAUAUGUGUGUUUCAUGUUUCAAAAUAUAAGGUAGGUAGGUAGGAAAAACAUUUCAUUUUAUUUUUUUAUUUUUAUUUUUUUUCGGUGAAGAAAAUCUCCUGAUUACUUCCAUGAUUGUUAAAGAUAUGUUAUUGUUUUAAUAAAGUAUGAAUGGUACUAAAUAUUUAAUUUUUCAUUCACGUACAAUAAAUACACAAAUGAAAAAAUACAUACGGAAAACGGAAAACACAGCUACAUUUUUUUUUGGCCUUAGUUUGACUUGGUGAAAUAUUUGUACAUUUUUAAGUAAUGCUUAUCAUUUUUAUUCGGCACCUGAGGGUAUAUAGUAUAUAGCGCUCUACCUCAUGGAAACACAGGGAUGAACAAUGAAUUCUGUGUUAGGAAGAGUCCAUGUAAAUAAUAUAUUUCUGGUGUAGUAGAUGAAAUAUAUGUUUACUAUAUUUUUAAGCCAACAAAGAACUUUGUCUGUUAAAGAAGGCAAAUACAUAUUACAAUAAGAUCAUAGACAAAAAAAUGUUUUCUUAGAAAUAUGUAGAAAGGAAAUGUAGGGAAAUACAUAUAAUGAAUUAUUAUAAAUUAUAAUAGGAGUUGAAUUUUUGUUGUUGUACUUUGUUUAAAGAUAACGCUAUACGGAAUUGAAUGGGACAUAUGGUACCAUAAUGUUUAUGGUUGACCUGUAAGAUAGAAUGAUGAAGGAUUAGUCUGAUAGGUAUAUAACAGGGAGAGGUUUACCUGUUAAAUAUACAGAAGACUGAGAAGUGUACCUUUUACAUGUUUGAGAAAGACUGAGAGCUCUCCUAUGUAUUAUGUAACUAUACACAUAGUUUUAAAGAUUUUUUGUAUGGCAGAUGUAAUUUACCGUAGUAAUGGCAGUGCUCAAUCAUGAAACAGUUUCUACAUUGUGGCUAACAAUAAGGUUUUGGUGCAGAAGACAUUCCAGUAGUGUGUUUAGUUUUGAUUACCAGCUUGGCAUUGCUCAAUCAUGAAACAGUUUCUACAUUGUGGCUAACAGUAAGGUUUUAGUGCAGAAGACAUUCCAGUAGUGUGUUAAGUUUUGAUUUCCAGCUUGGCAUUGUGUAGAAGCUUUAAUUUCCAAUUAUAGUUCACUAUUAAUAUAUUAACUUUCACUUCUAAGUCACGUUUACUGGAAAAUAUUUUCCUUUCAUAAUCCCUAUUGUUAUGUAAUUUGAAUCCAUUUGGUUGCGGGUGGCAAUAGAAUUCUGAGCUAAAUUUCAGUGGAAAUAAGAACAGAAGUUACUUAAAAUUACAUAAAUUGUCUAAAAAAAAAUAACAUUUUGAAAUUUUAUAAUCAAUACAGCUUUUUAUAAUCAGGGAUGUGUUUCUUCCUCUUUUCAGAGGAUUUACUUGUUUUUAGCUCAUCUGGCACUUUGUGCCAGGUGAGCUUAUGCCGUGGCGCGGCGUCCGUCUGUCCGGCGUCC